UUGUCAGAUUCUCCAAUCAUAAACGCGUUUUCUGACCCAACCUCGAGUUACACACCAACCUGUCAGGGGCUCGGCGCGCUAAUUACGACACUAAAUCGAUACUACAAUUAGUGCCUACCUUCCUACCGGUCGCGUUCGUUAGGAGCACUUUUGGAAGUCAACAUUCACUUUUCUUCCACUUUGCACUUCCCACCUGCAACUUCUGACACCUGCGCCAUCCCGCGUAGCGCUAGGAGCCAACGCAGAAACGACAAUACACAACCAAUUCAGCCAAUCCUUUCCAAGUCAACAAACAACAGUCGACUUAUUACUUCUCACUACCACUCACUACUCGUUACCCUCACUACUCUUUACCCUCAAACCCUGUCACAAAGACCAAUUCUUGCUUGUGGCCGGCCACACUGAUUCUCCAUAUUACAAGUAAUAAUAUUAAUCACGACAAACCCACUCUUGACAGUAGAGUCACUCCUGAUUAAGCUCGCCAACCACCAAUAAAAAUCUAAUGGGUUUCUGAAUUAUCACGUCUUUUACCUAGUCCCGAAUUGCCAAAAUGUCGGGCUAUCCAGGAGGUGGUCACCACGACUACAACGAAGCCUACGGGCAGAAUCACGAUUCUUACUACCAAGAUGAACAACACGGUCAAUACUAUGACAAUAACGGCUACGAUGCACAUGGCCAAGGUCAGGCCCAGGGCCACCAUGCAAACGAUGGCUACUACGACGAAUCUGGCUACUACAACGCAGAUGCCAACAACCCUUACGCCGCGGAAGGCGGUUACUACGAUAACCACGAUCAGUACCAGCAAGGUGGAGACUACUACGAUGAUGGUAACGGCUAUUAUGAUCACUAUGGUCAGGGUGGUUAUAACGGCAAUGGUGGACGUCGAGGCGAUUCUGAAGAGGAUUCCGAGACGUUUAGCGAUUUCACCAUGAGAUCCGACAUGGCUCGUGCUACUGAUAUGGACUAUUACGGUCGCGGCGACGAGAGAUACAGUGGUUACGACCAACAGGGCCGCGGGUACAGGCCGCCCUCCUCCCAAGUCUCCUACGGCGGAAAUCGAUCGUCAGGUGCUUCCACUCCCAAUUAUGGAAUGGACUACGGAAAUGUCCCGGGUAUUCAAAGGUCUCGCGAACCAUACCCAGCAUGGACUUCCGACGCGCAGAUUCCCCUGUCCAAAGAAGAAGUUGAGGACAUUUUCCUCGACCUUACCAACAAAUUUGGAUUUCAGCGGGAUAGCAUGCGAAACAUGUACGACCACUUGAUGGUUCUGCUUGAUUCAAGAGCUUCCCGAAUGACGCCAAACCAAGCUCUACUGUCUCUACACGCCGAUUACAUUGGUGGUGACAACGCCAACUACCGAAAGUGGUACUUCGCUGCUCAUCUUGACUUGGAUGAUGCAGUCGGCUUUGCGAAUAUGGGCAAGAAAGCACGCAAGUCGAAGAAGAAGGCCAAGGGCAAGAAGGGUGAUCAGAACGAAGACCAGGUUCUGGAAGAUCUAGAAGGUGACGACAGUCUGGAAGCAGCCGAGUACCGAUGGAAGACCCGAAUGAACCGCAUGUCCCAGCACGACCGGGUUCGUCAAAUUGCCCUGUUCCUUCUAUGUUGGGGCGAAGCAAACCAGGUCCGUUUUAUGGCCGAGUGCCUUUGCUUCAUCUUCAAGUGCGCGGACGACUACCUAAAUUCGCCCGCCUGCCAAAACCUGGUUGAGCCGGUCGAGGAGGGCACGUUCUUGAACAAUGUGAUUACACCCUUAUACCAAUACUGCAGGGACCAAGGAUACGAGAUUUAUAACGGAGUCUAUGUCCGACGAGAACGUGAUCACAACCAAAUCAUCGGUUACGAUGAUUGCAACCAGCUUUUCUGGUACCCCGAAGGUAUUGAGCGUAUCGUUCUCAAUGACAAGAGCAAAUUGGUUGAUGUUCCUCCGGCGGAGCGCUACCUUAAGCUGAAAGAGGUGAACUGGAAAAAGUGCUUCUUCAAGACCUACAAGGAGACACGGUCAUGGUUCCACGUCAUUGUUAACUUCAAUCGUAUCUGGGUUAUCCACUUGACCAUGUUCUGGUUCUACACCGCACACAACGUUCCGACUCUACUGGUCGGUACUUCGUACGAACAGCAGGUGAACCAGCAGCCGCCGGCAUCUGCGCAGUGGGCUAUCGUUAGUGCCGGUGGUGCCAUUGCUUCGUUGAUCCAGAUCAUAGCUACCUGUGCCGAGUGGGCGUACGUCCCACGACGAUGGGCUGGUGCUCAACAUCUCAGCAAGCGACUGCUCUUCUUAAUCGUCGUCUUUAUAAUCAACCUGGCUCCUAGUGUUUACGUCUUCGGUUUCGCGAAGGAUCAGAACGCAACGCCUGCCUUAGCCUUGGGUAUUGCCGGAUUUUUUAUCGCGCUGAUCACGUUUAUCUUCUUCGCCGUUAUGCCGCUUGGUGCGCUCUUCGGCAGUUACUUAACCAAGAACUCUCGUCGUUAUGUUGCCAGCCAGACAUUUACUGCUAGCUGGCCGCACUUGAAGGGCAACGAUCGAGCUUUGUCCUAUUUCCUCUGGACGGCGGUUUUUGGUGCCAAAUUUGGAGAAUCAUACAUUUAUCUCACAUUGUCUCUCCGAGACCCGAUUCGUUAUCUCCAAAUUAUGGAUGUGUCUACCUGUCUUGGUGAUGCUCAGAUCGGUAACACCUUGUGUGCUUACCAGCCGACGAUUGUCAUGGUUCUUAUGACCCUCACCGACUUGAUUCUGUUCUUCCUCGACACGUACAUGUGGUAUGUCCUGCUUAACACCGUCUUCUCUAUUGCUCGAUCAUUCUACCUUGGUUCGUCCAUCUGGACUCCUUGGCGUAAUAUCUUCUCGCGACUUCCCAAGCGAAUCUACUCCAAGAUCCUGGCUACGACGGACAUGGAGAUCAAGUACAAGCCCAAGGUUUUGAUCUCGCAAAUCUGGAACGCUAUCGUGAUAUCCAUGUACCGAGAACAUCUGUUGGCCAUCGACCAUGUCCAGAAGCUGCUUUACCACCAGGUUCCAUCCGAGCAGGAGGGCAAACGCACUCUACGUGCGCCAACGUUCUUCGUCUCCCAAGAGGAUCAUUCGUUCAAGACAGAAUUUUUCCCGAACCACAGCGAAGCCGAGCGUCGUAUUUCUUUCUUCGCGCAGUCUCUUUCUACGCCGAUCCCGGAACCUCUACCUGUUGACAACAUGCCAACCUUCACUGUUCUGAUCCCCCACUAUGGUGAAAAGAUUCUGCUUACUCUCCGAGAGAUUAUUCGUGAAGACGAGCCUUACUCUCGCGUUACACAGCUUGAAUACCUUAAGCAGCUACACCCUCACGAAUGGGACUGCUUUGUGAAAGAUACCAAGAUUCUUGCUGAUGAGACCUCUCAAUUCAAUGGAGAUGAAGAAAAGACGGAAAAGGACACGGCCAAGAGCAAGAUUGACGAUCUUCCGUUCUACUGUAUUGGUUUCAAGUCCUCUGCUCCUGAGUACACUCUCCGAACUCGUAUCUGGGCAUCUCUCCGCUCGCAGACUCUUUACCGUACUAUCUCUGGUUUCAUGAACUACAGCCGUGCCAUUAAGUUGCUCUAUCGUGUUGAGAACCCCGAAGUCGUCCAAAUGUUCGGUGGUAGCUCUGAGAAGUUGGAGCGUGAACUGGAGAGAAUGGCCCGACGCAAGUUCAAGCUGGUCGUCUCUAUGCAGCGCUACGCCAAGUUCAAGAAAGAGGAGAUGGAGAACGCUGAAUUCCUACUAAGAGCCUACCCCGAUUUACAGAUUGCUUACCUUGACGAAGAGCCGCCUCUAGUCGAGGGCGAAGAGCCUCGUAUCUACUCUGCUUUGGUUGAUGGUCACUCUGAACUAAUGGAGAACGGCAUGCGACGUCCCAAGUUCCGCAUUCAGCUUUCUGGCAACCCCGUGCUCGGUGACGGCAAGUCUGAUAACCAGAACCACUCCAUCAUCUUCUACCGUGGUGAAUACAUCCAGCUUAUCGACGCCAACCAAGACAACUACCUGGAAGAAUGCCUAAAGAUUCGGUCGGUUCUUGCCGAAUUUGAGGAAAUGAAGCUUGAAAAUGUUUCCCCAUACACGCCUGGUGUCAAGAACGAGACCCAAGCUCCUGUCGCUAUCUUGGGUGCUCGCGAGUACAUUUUCUCUGAGAACAUUGGUAUUCUUGGUGACGUCGCUGCCGGUAAGGAACAGACGUUCGGCACGCUCUUCGCCAGAACGCUAUCCCAGAUUGGUGGUAAGCUUCAUUAUGGUCACCCGGAUUUCCUCAACGGUAUCUUCAUGAAUACUCGUGGUGGUGUCUCUAAGGCUCAAAAGGGUCUGCAUUUGAACGAGGAUAUCUACGCUGGUAUGAAUGCUCUCCUCCGUGGUGGACGUAUCAAGCACUGUGAAUACUACCAGUGUGGUAAGGGUCGUGAUCUUGGUUUUGGAUCCAUUCUCAACUUCACCACCAAGAUCGGUACUGGUAUGGGUGAACAGAUGUUAUCUCGCGAGUACUACUACCUCGGCACACAGCUACCCCUCGACCGCUUCUUGUCAUUCUACUACGCCCACGCUGGUUUCCAUUUGAACAACAUCUUUAUUAUGUUGUCUGUCGAGAUGUUCAUGAUAGUCCUUAUUAACAUCGGCUCACUUCGGAACCAGACUAUUGCCUGUGAAUACAACCGGAACGUUCCUAUUACGGACCCCUUGUACCCUACAGGAUGUGCGAACACGGAUGCUCUCAUGGACUGGAUCUACCGCUGCGUUAUUUCUAUCUUCGUCGUGUUCUUCUUGGCCUUCGUACCUUUGAUUGUUCAGGAACUUACCGAGCGUGGUGUGCUGCGUGCGGCUACCCGUCUGGCGAAGCAGUUCUGCUCUUUCUCGCCAUUCUUCGAGGUGUUCGUUUGUCAAAUUUACGCCAACUCUGUCACACAGGAUCUGUCCUUCGGUGGUGCCCGCUACAUUGGUACUGGUCGUGGUUUUGCCACUGCCCGCAUUCCUUUCGGCGUCUUGUACUCUCGGUUCGCCGGUCCAUCCAUCUACUUUGGUGCCCGUCUGUUGAUGAUGUUGCUAUUUGCGACCUUAACCGUGUGGCAGGCUGCGUUGGUCUACUUCUGGGUUUCGCUUCUUGCUCUGGUCAUCUCGCCAUUCCUUUACAACCCUCACCAAUUCGCAUGGAAUGAUUUCUUCAUUGACUACCGUGACUACCUCCGCUGGCUCUCGCGUGGUAACUCGCUCAGUCACUCGUCUUCAUGGAUUUCCUUCUGUCGUCUGUCACGUACGAGGAUUACCGGUUACAAGCGCAAGGUGCUAGGAGACCCGUCCGGCAAACUGUCCUCUGACGUGCCCCGUGCGGCCAUCACCAACCUGGUUUUCGGCGAGAUUAUUGCUCCGCUUCUCUUUGUGGCAACAACACUUAUCCCAUACCUGUUCAUCAACGCGCAAACCGGUGUUAAGCCGUUAGACGAUUCUGCUAAGCCUACCGCGUCUCUUAUCCGUGUUGCUGUCGUCGCCUUCGCACCUGUUGGUAUUAACGCCGGCCUACUCGGUGGUCUCUUCGGCAUGGCCUGCUGCAUGGGUCCGCUACUUAGUAUGUGCUGCAAGAAGUUCGGUAGUGUGCUGGCAGCAAUUGCCCACGCCGUAGCCGUCAUUGUUCUCCUAGUAUUUUUCGAAGUCAUGUUCUUCCUUGAGGGCUUCGACUUUACCAAGACCCUUUUGGGAAUGAUCACGGCUAUUGCGAUGCAAAGGUUUAUCCUGAAGCUCAUCGUGUCGCUGGCUCUCACUCGUGAAUUCAAGACAGAUCAGUCCAACAUUGCGUUCUGGACAGGAAAAUGGUAUUCUAUGGGUUGGCACUCGAUCUCUCAGCCGGCACGUGAAUAUCUCUGCAAGAUUACGGAGCUGAGCAUGUUCGCCGCGGAUUUCAUCCUCGGCCACAUCCUUUUGUUCAUCAUGCUGCCUGUCAUCCUCAUCCCCCAGGUCGAUACUUUGCAUUCUAUGAUGCUGUUCUGGCUCCGACCAAGCCGACAAAUUCGCCCGCCUAUCUACUCGAUGAAGCAAUCGAAGCUCAGGAGAAGACGUGUUAUUCGCUACGCCGUCCUCUACUUCGUCAUGCUUGUCGUUUUCGUCGCCCUAAUCGUUGCACCAGCCGUUGGAGGCAAACAAAUCGGACCUGCGUUGGAGAAGAAUCUGGAGAAGCUCCCGAUUCCCCUAGCUCAGCCGGGUCCCACCCAGGAUCACAACGACACUAAGAAUCGAACGGAGACGGGAACCGGCUCGCCCGGGUACACGGGUCCGGGUACGGCAUCGAUGACGACAGCAGCGGCGGCGACUUCGUCGUCUUCGUCGGACGACUCCAAGAAGUUCCGAUUCGUCUAAUGAACAUUGAAGUGAUACCUGUACCAUAAAGAAUAAAAAGUUCCUGGUUACUCUGCCAGUUUACGGAAUUAGGGCGAGUACUAAUUAGCGUUAUAUCCGCGAGACUGUACUUGAGGUGUUGUGUGUAUUGAU